AUUGCUAUCAUCAUCAUCGUUGAUAAGCGCGGGAACUGUGUGUGUCCUCCUGUAGCCGGAGAAACAUCACUCAUCCAAUUUUUUUUGCGCAAACUACUAAUCCAUGGAGGAACUGGACCUCGACGCAUUAGACGAACUGCUCAACGAAGAACUACCCGAAGAAGCCGAUAUCACCGAACCUCCCACUCCGAUCGUAAAAGAUCCCCGAAGAAAUGAAACCAACGAUGCAGUCAGUUCCAGCGACGAUCUUGAGAGAGAACUACGAGAGAUGCAAGAGAAGAUGGACAGACUUCGUGAGCAAUUAAGUAAGAAGAACGCCUCGUCCCCCGCCUGCCGUACAGAGAAUAGCUUCGCUGCAACGAAGAGCACACCUCCCGCGGUGGAUCCGAACAGCCUCAAGAAACCUCGUGCUAAUACUUCGUUAAAAUUGCUCGACGAGGACAUUUUUUCGAAAGGGAGCGAGCCAGGUGUUACGAAAGCGCCAACAUCCGGUAGGAGCGUCGUCCACUCAGGCGACACGGAUUCUUCGGACGAUGAGAAGCGUUACCCGACGGAGAGUGCCUUGACUAAAGGCGGAAAAACCAUAAAGAGAACACUGGAAGCUCGGACGUUUUCUUCCGAUGCUCCGAGAAGACCGGUAACCACGUGGAGCAGCAAGCGGACGGCAAUGUCUUUGGACCAAAGCGGUGGUGUCACAGACCCUUACUCGGGAAUAAGAAUCAUCAACCCCCUUGUGUCGUCAACAGUCAUGGAGGCCCGAAUGGCCUCCCGGAAGAUGGUCAAGAUGUCCUUGGUACCUACCUUCGCACAAACCAAGAAGAUAGAAGACGACUGGGUGACAGUCGGCGUGUUGGUCAACAAGUCCGCUCCAAAGACGUCAAAGAAUGGAAAGCCGUUUUCUAUCUGGAAACUGACGGACCUGCAGGACUGCGAGAACCUCGUGAGCAUCUUCCUUUUCGGAGAGGUCCACGAGAAACACUGGAAGACAUCAGUUGGGUCCGUUGUUGGAUUCCUCAACCCGUCGGUUAUGCCAAACAAGGACAGCUAUAAUGGUAGGUCUGAGGUGUGCUUGAGCAUUGACCACCCAGGAAAAGUUAUGCUCAUGGGCACUUCAAAGGACUUUGGGACAUGCAAGGGUAUCUCCAAAAGCGGACACCCUUGCACGAUGGUGGUCAACACGUACACAUGUCCAUACUGUGUGUAUCACGUCAAAGCAGAGUACAGAAAAAUGAGUUCCAAGCGAACAGAGUUACAAGCAUCAUAUUCAGGCGUCGCACCGCAAGGGAUCAGGCAGAAGAUUCUGCAGAAGAGCCAAAUAAUGUACGGUGGCCAGAUGUACAUAAACCCCUCGGUACAAACAACGAAAGCACUCAAAGGAAAGGACAAGUUUACUCUGAGCAGCCUGAAAGUUGCUCGACAAGCAGAAGAUAUAGAGAAGGCUGUGCGUCUCUCUGGUGCCUCUGCCAUCAAACUUCAGCAUCUAUCCUCUCGGGAGAAUCAGGCCAUCAAUGAGAUUGCAGCCAAGUCUGACUUUUUGGGUCAGGCACUUUGCAAACCCGGAGCUGGCUCCAGGAACUUUCUCCAACAUGUGGUCAAGGAAAAAACGACUAGUGCAGCACCUGGGCCCAGCAAGGAUGUGGUUUCCAUCACAGCCAAGGACCUCCUCAGGAUGCAUCAACAGAAGCUGAAAAGCCUCAACGGCGGAGCGGCACAGCCACAGAAGAUGAGCCCAGUUUUGGGCAGAGGCCUUGUCAAUGACAGAGUUGUGGACCUGGGGACUGCGUCCGUGUCAGGAAUAAAGCCACUCGCUGCCUCCGACAUUGCCAAGAUAAAAGCUAUCCAGAAGGUGAGGGCGAAGGGGCCCUUGGUUGCUAAGGAUCCAAAUGCAGUCAAGCAAGACUUCACCUCCCCUGAGGCUCGGGCAAGGAUCCAAAGGAAGCUCGAUCAGCUCGAGCCAUCAGGAGGUGACCACAGCAAAGACGAAGAGGGUGGUUCUCCUAAAGCCAAGAAGAGUCGGCUAGGACUGGCGAUGAGCAAGGACGAAAUGGAAAAGUUGCUGCGCCAAAAGUCAUCCCACGCGCAUCAACUCGACGAUCUGGAAACGGAGGAAGAAAUGCAGUACUUCAGCGUCCUCGAGAAGAAAGAACAGCUGGAGGAGAAGAUGCUGUCUGUCAAGGAGAUACAGUGUGAUGUUGUCUCCUGCAAAAUCUGCAAGUACACAGCACAUCAAGCUUCUGACCUGUGUAAGAAGGAAAAUCACCCCCUAAAGCACCACAAGGCAACAAAGCGCUUUUUCAAAUGCAAGAGCUGCAGCCACCGUACCACUACAUUUGCGAGAGUGCCGGCACAGAGCUGCAGGAAGUGCAAUGGGUCCAACUUUGAAAGGACAUCAAUGGGCAAGCCUAAGGAAGGACCCAAGUUGCCAGAGGAAAAACUGGUCAUUCGUGGGGAGGAGAUAAAAUACAUCAACAAAUAGUGAUUUUGAUUGUAUAAUUGUAGUCUUGCAAGCCAUUGUUGAAAAGUUGGCACACAUAGUUUUAAUUGUGUAUUAUGACUCAUUUUAAUUGUGUACUAUCUGCAUCAUGGCUCAUUUUGGCAGAAAGUAUUUGAUGCGAUUGAAUGUAAUUUUAGUCUCGUGAAAUGAAUCUGUUGGUUUUAUGAUGGUACUAGUAUUACGAAUGUUCAUGUCGUAGUUGGGAAAUCAGAAGUUGGAAUCUGUGGACACCUUGUCGCAGUCGUUUGCUUGGUGAAUAAACACUCUUCUCUUGCA